AACAAAUAUGAAAAUAAUCAUCGCCGGAUCUAGUCGAACCACCUCCAUAUUAAAGAAAACAACAGUUUAAUUAAAAAAGCCGGAAAAUUAUCUCGAAAUUGAGUGAAAAAACUUUUGUGCUGAGAACAGGGUGUGCAAUACAAAACCACUCUAAUUCAGAAAAGGAAAGGCAAUUACAGAAAAUCCGUAGUUUUCCUGCAUAUGAAUAGAAAACGGAAUGCGUGAAAUAGUACAUAUUCAAGCGGGCCAAUGUGGCAACCAGAUUGGGGCCAAGUUCUGGGAAGUCAUUUCCGACGAGCAUUGCAUUGAUGCAUCAGGAACCUACUAUGGCGACAGUGACCUCCAGUUGGAGCGUAUCAAUGUUUAUUAUAACGAGGCGACUGGUGGAAAGUAUGUACCCCGUGCCAUUUUAGUCGAUCUUGAGCCCGGGACCAUGGAUUCCGUUCGAUCAGGAUCUUUUGGGCAGAUCUUCCGACCCGAUAACUUUGUUUUUGGUCAGUCGGGGGCCGGAAACAACUGGGCUAAAGGUCACUAUACAGAGGGAGCAGAACUGGUUGAUUCCGUGUUAGAUGUAGUGCGGAAGGAAGCGGAAGGCUGUGAUUGUCUUCAAGGGUUUCAGCUGACCCAUUCAUUGGGUGGUGGUACUGGAUCUGGAAUGGGAACGCUGUUGAUCUCCAAAAUACGCGAAGAGUAUCCGGACCGAAUUAUGAAUACAUUUUCUGUUGUGCCGUCUCCGAAAGUAUCUGACACAGUUGUCGAGCCCUACAAUGCAACGCUUAGUGUUCAUCAGCUAGUUGAGAACACGGACGAGUCUUACUGCAUCGAUAACGAGGCUUUAUAUGAUAUUUGCUUUAGGACAUUGAAAUUGACUACUCCUACUUACGGAGAUCUAAAUCACUUAGUGUCGGCAACUAUGUCCGGAGUGACAACUUGCCUACGAUUUCCAGGACAAUUAAACGCAGAUUUGAGAAAAUUGGCUGUGAAUAUGGUCCCCUUCCCGCGUUUGCACUUCUUCAUGCCAGGAUUUGCCCCGUUGACAUCUCGUGGAUCGCAGCAGUACCGGGCAUUGACCGUUCCUGAGCUAACCCAGCAAAUGUUCGAUGCCAAGAAUAUGAUGGCCGCCUGCGACCCCCGUCAUGGACGGUACCUAACCGUUGCUGCUAUAUUUCGUGGACGCAUGUCCAUGAAAGAAGUUGAUGAACAAAUGCUGAACAUUCAGAAUAAGAACAGCAGCUACUUUGUCGAAUGGAUUCCAAACAAUUGCAAGACGGCCGUAUGUGAUAUUCCACCACGUGGGCUGAAAAUGUCUGCAACAUUCAUUGGAAACUCAACUGCAAUUCAGGAGUUAUUCAAGCGUAUUUCAGAGCAAUUCACAGCAAUGUUCCGACGAAAGGCUUUCCUGCAUUGGUACACUGGCGAAGGAAUGGAUGAAAUGGAAUUCACCGAGGCUGAGAGCAACAUGAAUGAUUUGGUGUCGGAAUACCAACAAUAUCAGGAGGCCACGGCUGAGGAAGAAGGCGAAUUCGAUGAAGAGGAAGAGGGAGGUGGUGAAGAAUAAUUGUGAUUUGUAUUUUAAAUGAAAUAACUUACGCCAUAUUUAAGUAUGCAUGUAUGUAGCUGAACAAUGUGUAUUUCAUUUUAAUAAAAUUUACAAUUGAA